AUGGCUAAAGGAAAGAAUAAAAGUAACGACGAGAGAUCAUCCAAGUCCCGUACAUCAAAUGGUCACAAAUCUAAACAACAUCAUAUACGUAAGGGAAGACAAGAAAUUUCAGCUUCAUCAGCCACAUCUAAAUCAUCAACUUCCUUCCCUACUAAGUUGGCAAUGUGGGAUUUUGAUCAUUGUGAUCCUAAAAGAUGUAGUGGUAAGAAAUUAGAACGAUUAGGGUUGAUUAAGAACCUUAGAGUUGGGCAAAAAUUCCAAGGAAUAGUUGUUAGUCCCAAUGGUAAAUCUAUCGUAUGUCCUGAUGACAAGGAGAUUGUCGAAACUAAUGGAGCUGCAGUUGUCGAAUGUUCAUGGGCAAGAUUAGAUGAGAUUCCAUUUAGUAAGAUAGGUGGGAAAAACGAAAGAUUAUUACCCUAUUUAGUGGCAGCAAAUCCUGUAAAUUAUGGUCGUCCGUGGAGAUUAAACUGCGUUGAGGCUUUAGCUGCAUGUUUUGCAAUAGUAGGACAUACAGAUUGGGCAGAAUUAUUACUACAAAAUUUCUCUUGGGGGUUAACGUUUUUAAAGAUCAACCAGGAGUUAAUAGAAUUGUAUCAACAAUGUACUGACUCGGAGAGUAUUACCAAGGCACAAGAGCAGUGGCUAGAAAAAAUAGCACAAGAAGCCAAAGAAAGAAAAAACCAGGCACACAACGAAGAUGUGUGGAUGAUGGGGAAUGUCAACAGACAAGAAGAUGAUAAAGAGUUUGAUAGCUGCAGUGAUGACGAAGUCGCAACUGAUAGUGCAAGUGAUAAAGAAUACGAUAAUUUGGGUAAUAUAAUAGAAAAAAGAAAAUAUGAUUCACUUGGUAACGAAAUAAUAGAAAGUGAAGCUAAGUACGACUCAUUAGGGAAUAUCGUUGCAAGCGAUGAAGGAACUGACGAGGAAGACAAUGACGGAGUUAGCAUCAGUGAGAAAGAGAGGGAUACCGUCUGUGACAACUUAGGAAAUGCUGUUGUAAAAGAAAAUAUUACCAAACACAUGAACUCCUUGAGCAUAUAG